AAAGUUGUUCGUUUCGAAAUUGUAAAUCUCCAGCCCUCUCUCUUUGAACCGGCAAUGGCGCUUUCCUUUGCUUUCCGAGAAAGGCUUGAACAAAUGGAACAAAGUAGAAAUCAGCGCCUCUCUCUCCUCCAGGCAGAGAAGGAGCUGCAAGCGGACAAGUAUCGGGAUUUGGAAGCGAAGCUCGCUAAUAUCCGAUCUAUGGAACAACGCUGCUUGUUGCUCGAUCAAAAGAUCGCAUCACAAAACUUGAAAAUCUCCACUCUCAAGUCCGAGGUCGAAGACCUAUACGCCAAAUACGAUGAGAGUUCCGCUCAAUUGAAGGUUUUGAAGAGUGAGUUGGAGGAGCUUGAGCAGGUAGAGAAGGAGAAGGACAGGUUUUACGAAUUGAAAGGAAUAGAGAUGGAGAAGUUUAAGAAACAUGCGGAGAGGUUUCUGGUGGAGUCUCGGAUACAAGUAGAAGGAUUGAGGAACAGAGUAAAUGAGGUGAAGUUGAGAACCUCACUAAUCACCGUAUAAUUUUCUGAAAUCUGAACUUGGAAUGGUAAUUAGGCAUUCUGGACAGAAAUUUUCUCAUUGAGGAUGCACAAGUCUUUAGGCUUUUUGUGCAGAAAUUCAAAUUCGUAUCUAGUUCAAAUGCAUAUGUUGGUUAUACGCAGAAACUCUCCAAUAUAGACUCUUGGGUCUUGGCUGAUGCAGGUGUAUUUCUGCUAGAAAUCUCCAGUUCCAAACUAGGUUUAGGACAAACUCAUUCCCAAUUUUCCACUGAUUUUAACAGUUCUUUUUAUGGCAGUGUUAUCUUGGAAGCUUCUUGUGUUCAAAUGCUCCUCUUUUCAACUUGUUGGGGUUGAAUUAUUUGCUGAAAUGUAUUUGGGACAACACUUCCUGAGACUUGAG